AUGACAACUAAGGAAGAUGAACAAACAUCGGCCUUAAGCGACGCCCCUAGGGAGCAGCUGGCAGGCUUCGCGAAAGCUGGAGAUGGCUCCGUCCCCAGUCGUCGAGCCAGUCCACGAAACGUUACCCAAGUCUGCCGGAUUCUUGGAACCUUCUUCGUCUUCUUCACCACAUGGGGCGUGGCAUCUUCCUUCAGUGCAUACCAGGCCUAUUAUCAGCAGGACCUGCUUGCUGACCAUACCCCAUCUGUCAUAUCAUGGAUUGGCACCGUCCAAGUCGCCUUGCUGGGCUUCACGGGGAUCGUCUCAGGGGCUCUCUAUGACCGCGGUUAUAUCCGAACCUUGUUGGUGGUGGGAGGCGCCAUGGUCGUCUUUGGCUUUAUGAUGCUGAGCCUUGCAAAGGAGUACUACCAGGUCAUCCUGGCCCAGGGUGUGUGUAUCGGUCUCGGCAACGGCAUGCUUUAUAUCCCGUCGAUCGCAGUCAUUAGCCAGACAUUCACUGCCAAGCAGCGUCCUCUUGCGAUCGGGGGUUCUUCAUCUGGAGCAGCCAUAGGGGGAAUUGUGCUGCCCAUCAUGUUCCGCCAACUGCAGCCGGGGAUAGGUUUUGGCUGGAUCAACCGUAUCUUUGGGUUCAUCAUCCUCACGAUGAUGAUAGCCACCUACUUCCUCCUCCGGCCCGAUCCAACCCAUCGACGUGCCAAAGGACCGCUGUUUGACCCUUCUGCGAUUAGGGAGCCUCCAUUCGUGGUGUUGUUUGUAGGCUUGUUCUUCACUUUCCUCGGCUACUGGGUCCCUCUGAUUUUCGUCACGCCCUACGCCCAGUUUUCGAUCAAGACGAGUGUCUCCUACGCCUUCUACCUAUUGGCGAUCCUCAACGCGGGCAGCUUCGCCGGUCGGAUCCUUCCUGCCCUGGUCGCGCACAGAAUUGGCCCUGCCGUCGUCCUCUCGGCCGGUAGUGUCUGUCUGGGCAUUCUGAUACUAGGAUGGAUAGCUAUUCACGACAUUGGCGGCAUCACAGUAUGGGCCGUUCUUGUGGGAUUCAUGGCCGGCAUCACUGUUGCCAUCCCGGCGGCAGUCGUCCCUCUCAUGUCCCCAACACCGAGCGUCGUCGGCGCAAGGACCGGUAUGGCUUGGGCGGGUGCUGCUUUGGCGGCCUUGAUCGGUGGGCCGAUUGCUGGUGCCCUCGUGGACACCGAGGCAGACAACUACACGCACGGCCAAGCAUUCGGGGGCGCUGCCAGUCUGCUCGGAGGCUUGCUUCUCAUCUAUCCCGCAGUCACGAUUGCUAGGGGGAACAAGCGCUAUCAUAAGCCAACUCCGCUACCGGCAUGCAUCGAAAGAUCCUCGUAA